AUGGUGAAGCCAGGAAGGUCUGAGCAAAAGCAGCUUUGUCCUGGCGGUAUGCAGCUCCUCAGCAGAACUUUCUCUUUUUCGUCUCGGGGGGAUGCCGCCGAGGCUCAUCGAGGCUCCGAACUCUUGGCAAAAACGACGCAUAGAAAUGGGAGUGAAUCUUCAGGAAGUAUAGGGCAGACACGUUUCUUCUGGGCUGUCCCUCACGGCAACAUCGUGAUCGUGAAAUUCCUGUCGCAUCUGGGCUUUGAGGUGAAUUUUCGAGGAAAGGCCAGGAGGACGGUGCUUUUCUUCGCCAUCGAGAGCGGUCACUUGGACGUGGCCGACUACUUAAUCGAACGUUCUGCCUCGAUAGGGCAUGUUCGGGCACACAAGAAGACGCCACAUUCUCUUUGGUGA